UCUACGCAUUAUUCGCUCCCUUAUUACCCAUGCACGCUCAUUCGCCGAGAUGGCGAAGUACUCGCAAAGGGGUGCCCACAAACCAACAAACGAUGACUGAACCAUCGUUGGAUGUUUCAGUUUGAUUUCGCACUUAAGCCGGUUCAGAAGUAUGUACCUUCAAGUGGUGGGCAUUCUGGUUGCGGUCGUGGUUACUUGUCUCGCUUGGAUUAAGCGCCGGUACCAAUAUUGGAAGGCGCGCUCCGUUGCCUUCAUCGCUCCAGAGUUUCCGUACGGUAACUUUGGUACACUCGGGAAGCUGGAACACAUUGCACCGAUCACCCAACGGCAUUACAAUUACUUCCAGCAGUUAAAGGUCCCAUACGGUGGGGUGUUUAUGCUGACAACCCCACUGCUUUACAUCUUCAACACGAAGCUGAUCAAGACGCUGCUGGUGAAAGAUUUCCACUACUUCCCGAACCGUGGCGUUUACUUUAACGAACGUGAUGAUCCACUGUCGGCGCACAUGUUCGCCAUCGAGGGACAAAAAUGGCGCACGCUGCGUGCCAAACUAUCGCCUACCUUUACAACUGGUCGCAUCAAGAUGACGCUACCACUAGUGAUGGAAGUGUGUCAGCGGUUCUGUGAUCAUCUGCACCAAUCGUUGCAAACAUCCGCCGAGGUCGAAAUGCACGAUCUACUUUCGCGCUACACGAUCGAUGUCAUUGGAGCGUGUGCGUUUGGCAUCGAGUGUAACAGCUUCCGGGAUCCAGAUAACGAAUUUCGACGGUAUGGUAAGAUCGCGUUCGAUAAGCUCCGCCAUUCACCGCUAGUUGUGUAUUUGAUGAAAGCCUUUCGGAAGCACGCCAACGCUUUGGGCAUGAAGCAACUUCACGAUGACGUUUCCAGCUUCUUCAUGCGCGUGGUCAAGGACACGAUCGAGUAUCGCGAACGGGAACAGAUCGUGCGUAAUGAUUUCAUGGAUCUGCUUCUGAAGCUAAAGAACACGGGACGGCUUGAGAGCGGGGGUGAGGAUUUAGGGCGGCUAACGUUCGAGGAGAUUGCCGCUCAAGCGUUUAUCUUCUUCACUGCUGGCUAUGAUACGUCCUCAACGGCUAUGACUUACACGCUUUACGAGCUGGCACUAAAGCAGGACGUGCAGGACAAGGCACGACAGUGCGUAAAGGAGACGCUCCAGAAAUAUGACGGAAAGCUAAGUUACGAGGCUGUGUCCGAUAUGAGCUAUCUCGACCAGUGCAUUAAUGAAACGUUGCGCAAACAUCCACCUGUAGCAAUACUGGAGCGUAACGCCGAUAAGGACUACAGGUUACCGGACAGUGGAUUGUUACUGCGUCGUGGUCAGAAGAUCAUGAUACCGAUCUACGCCAUGCAUCACGAUUCGACCCACUUUCCCGACCCGGAACAAUAUCGACCGGAGCGAUUUUCACCGGAGGAGGUCGCCAAACGUGACCCUUACUGUUAUCUACCGUUUGGUGAAGGACCACGCAUCUGUAUCGGGAUGAGAUUUGGGUCGCUACAGGCAAAGAUGGGUUUGGCAAGCAUGCUUGAUCGUUUUCAAUUUAGCCCGUGCGAAAGGACGCAGAUACCGGUACAGUACUCGCGGACCAACUUCAUUCUUGGACCGGCGAAUGGUGUUUGGUUGCGGGCAGAGGAGCUAUAGAGGAAGUUUAUGAAAUCUCUAUCAAUUGCAGAUUUUACCGCCGAUAUUCUAGUAGCAAUUAGUUCCAUUUAUUGUACGUAGAGAACAGUGGGCGAAUGUUGAAGCCAUACAUUUUUUUAAAUAAACUUAAUAAUCCUAGCCAUUUUUCUCAAA